GUUGUUUUCUUCACUGCCACCCUUUUCCAUCAUCCUUCUCUCUACCUGCACUAGAGGCGAGACAAAAGGUCCAAUACUUUGUCCAUCCUGCAUGAAUGCUCCAACAUGCACGUUCAUGAUGGAGAGACGACACAAUGCGAGUGCACUGUCAACAGGUCCGCUCCGCCCGUCCGUCUAGAGUCCCGUUGAUGGUUCGGCUGUAGGCGGCCGUAUUGUGCGCUUCAUCCGAGUCGCGCGGCUCUUCACUUGCGUUUGUCGGUCAAGUAUCCCCAUCUCUCAUACUUGCACAUCUCAUCUCUACUCGUGAUCCAUACAUCACAAUCUACAUACCCACCCAUUUUCACGGUCUCGAGUCUGGCCAUCAAUCUCGAAUCAAGAGGGCGGGUUUUGCUCGUACUACGCAAACAGCUGUGCGAACCUGGUUCAUCGUCAGUCGACAGCUUCAGCCUUCAGAGAGCGAGCAACGAUGAUGACGAAGCGCACUCUUGUCACUGCCUCUCAGAGAGCUUGGUGUGUUUCUAACAGCGUGUCAUGUCGAAGAAGCUUCGCUAGCACGCGCAAAUUACAGGAAGAUUAUGGGUUCAUCGGACUGGGCAUGAUGGGAUAUGGCAUGGCAAAGAAUCUUCGCCAAAAGAUCCCAGCUUCAGAUCGACUCUUCAUCCAAGACAUCAACACUGCAGCGACCAAACAAUUCACAGAAGAAAUGAGUGAAUACAAUGUCGAAGUCGUAGACACUGUCCGAGAUAUUGCUGAGAACUCGUCUACCAUCAUUACCGUCUUGCCUAGGCCUGAACACGUCAAGAGUGUCUUCGAGGAGAUGCUCGAGCCAUCCACCGACCGCGCCGAUGCCUCUAGCCGUCUUUUCAUCGACUGCUCCACCAUUGACCCAAGUACAUCUGCCACAGUAGCCGAUGCAACACGCAUCACCGGGCAAGGCAUCUUCGUUGAUGCGCCCAUGUCCGGUGGCGUUGUCGGUGCGGCAGCAGGAAAGCUGACCUUCAUGAUCGGCGCCGCGCCCGAACAUGUGUCCCGGGCGACAGCUGUGCUCUCUCUCAUGGGUGCGCGCGUCGUACACAUGGGCCCGCAAACCAGCGGCUUGAAAGCCAAGCUCGCCAACAACUACCUCCUCGCGCUGAACAACAUCGCCACGGCCGAGGCGAUGAACAUGGGCGUACGAUGGGGUCUAGACCCCGUCGUUCUCGCGAACAUGAUCAAUUCCGCCACGGGUCGCUGCUGGCCCAGCGAGGUCAACAAUCCCGUUCCUGGCGUCGUGGCGACAGCUCCCGCCAGUCGCGAUUACGCCGGCGGUUUCGGCGCGGGGCUGAUGCUCAAAGAUUUGAAUCUUGCGCUGCAGGCGGCCGAGGAGGUCGACGCCACUCCUCAGCUCGGACUGCAGGCUCGCCAGAUCUACGAGGCGGUCGAGGCAGAUGAGAACCUCAAAGGUAGGGAUUUUUCCGUUGUGUAUAGGUAUUUCGGCGGGAUUGAAGGUGGACAGAAAUGAACCGCGAGGCGUCAAGCACGACAUGAGUGUAGAAAUUGAAUGAAAAUAAAUGAAUUUCAUGUUUCUCUCACGCUGAAUGCUUUUCUCUUCGUCCAUGUCAGUCUUUCCAUGGGACUACCUUUUAUUAUUGUCCCCAGAUGCCAUUGCCGAAUCCUGUUCACUUCUGUCG